UUACGUUUUCUCGUAAAUUUUCCUCGUUGUUUUAUCGUUUUUCAUUUUUAUUUUUAGCUUCAUUUUGUAUAAUUUUCAGCUUUUUCGUCAUUGUAAAAAUGGAGAAAAGACACAAAACAAAAAACUUUACCACGAAGGAACGGAAUGUGCUUCUUGCACUUAUUAAAUCAAAAAAACCGCUCAUCACGAGCAAGAUCUCGAGCGCCGUGAUGAUAAAACGAAAGGCGGAAGCGUGGGAAGACGUGAAGAACAAUUUCAACAGAAUGGCCGAAACUGCGCGUUCGGUGAAACAAUUAAAAACAUUGUACGAGAACAUGAAGAGGAAAGUCAGGAAGGAACAAAAUAAAAGAAUACGUGAAAAAAUAAUUAAAAUGGAAGCGGAUAUUUCGGACGAUGAAGUUAAGACGGAGAUUUUUGAUGUUGAGAUCGAAUCAACAAUGGAAAAGAGUGAAGGUUACGCAACAGAAGGUAUCAAACAGGAAUGCGAUGAAAUUACCGGGACAAAUCAAGAAAUACUGGCAAAUUUAGUCGAUGAAAUGACUCCAGAUACGAAUCUUUGUGACUCAUCAAGCCAGUAUCACAACGUUAACAGUAGCAGGCCUGAGCCCGAGCCGGUACUGGAACUCGAACCCACUUCUGUUCCUAACAGAACCCGCAGGAAAAACAAUUAUCACGUAACAAGCGAGGAAAUUAAACGAAGAUAUUUUUUUCAAAAAUUAAAAAACGCCCAAUUCGAGGCGAGAGCCCAACGAUUGAUUUUCCACUUGGAUUUGAAGAUUAAAAAGAAACAAUUAGAAAUGCUUAAUAGAGAUUAAUUGAAAUUAAACGUUUGUGAAGUAUAAAA